UGUAGUUCUGGGUGGACUUCUUUUGAACACUCAAAGUGCACUAGCCAUCACCGCAGCAAGAAACCAACACAGAUUAAACAUGAGCUUCACAGUCGAAGAGAGGGGGAACCCCAAUACAAUGAGCUAUCGUUUGUUUUUCAGUAAGUAUGGUUCACUUUUUAGUUUAGGCUAUUAGCUUGCUAUAAUCGUGUCCGUGGAUUUGCCGGUUUGCUACUGGGGCCGGCCCCAACCUCCCACGUGUCACUUUUAUUCCUUGCCUUCAUACUCCUAUCUAAUGUCACGUUCAAGUGUAGCUAGAUUUCACACAUAUUGUCACCUAGCAUCGUGGAUUUAUAAUUAUAGGCGUGUAACAUCGCUUGGACUUUGCUCCACAUUGAUUGAUUUGAGCAGACAAACUAGUAAUUGAAUGGACCAGUUUUGCCGGUUGGUUGACAAAUGCUUCUAUUGAAUUUGCUGGACGUGAAUUUGACUUGGCAUCAGGAUCCAAUUAAUUCCUAUGUUUAGUGUAUAUUAGGUUAAUUCUGUAAUUGUGGUAUUUCUGAUAUAAGCUAGUAUUGUUGGGAUACCACACCAGUAGCUCUCGAGAACCCAAGGGGGCCCAAGGCCAGAGGCUCAGAGGCUUUCAUCUUCCCCGUCUUGGGUUCUCAGCUGAAUGUAUCGACCACAGCUGGCUCAGAGCCCUUGAUCGUGACUCUCUGUUCCAUACAUUACACAUAAGUCAUUGGACGAAGGCAUCUUCUGUACGGGGAGUUUUGUUAAGAGCCCUGACACUUGGUCUGAACAUUAACACGCAUCGCUUGCAGUAUGUUAUUUAUUUAUUAUUAUUAUUAUUAUUAUUAUUAUUAUUAUUAUUAUUUAUUAGAAUUGUAAAAAAUGGUGUAAUUUUUACCCACAAUUUUGUGAUUACGAUCUUGUCUCAUCGCUCCAACUCCCCAACGGGCUUGGGAGAGGCGAAGGUCGAGUCAUGCGUCCUCCGAAACAUGACCCGCUCGCUUAACCCGGAAGCCAGCUGCACCAAUGUGUCAGAGGAAACACUGUUCAACUGAUGACUGAAGUCAGCCUGCAGGUUUCCGGCCUGCCACAAGGAGUCGCUAGAGCAUAAUGAGCCAAGUAAAUAACCCCGACCAAACCCUCCCCUAACCCGGACGACACUGGGCCAAUUGUGCGCCGCCCUAUGGGACUCCCGGUCACGGCCGGUAAUGACACAGAUCGAACCCCAGGCUGUAGUGACGCCGCUACACUGCGAUGCAGUCCCUUAGACCGCUGCGCCACUCGGGAGGCCGAUACACACCUUGUUAUAGAGUUAGUGUUCCCACAUGGCCAUAUCUGUUACAGCGCGUGUUGAUGGGAGACAGAGGGACCACCUGUGCUAAUUAGCUAUCUACGUCUCCGAACAGCUGUGUGUAGCUGUAGCCUAAAGUAAUAAGGCCGCCAGAAACGUGUUGUCACUGGAAAAUACUGUCUGCUGCAACUGUGAUAGCCGGUUAAAACAGUGUACAAUAAGUGUAGUUUUAGCAUUUGUGAAAUUAUUUUGAUGUGAUAUGAAGGGAAAGGGCUUUAUGUUUUCUAUCGCAAUUGAGAAUCGAUUCACGUUUAGAUGGAUUUUUGGACUGCCAGAGCCAAUCUACAUCAGAAAAUAACAUAAAGUCCUUUACUUUAUGUUAUUAAAAAUGGUAUAGACUCCUUAAGAGUACAUCUUGGGCUAAGCUGGCUCCAUGCUAACUACAACUCCAACCCUCUGUUUUAACAUUUAGAAACGUUAAUAAUGCUUGUGAUACGGUUUUGGAAACAUAAAGCCCUCUACUUUCACAUCAAAAUAAUUUCACAAACGCAAAAUAUACACUUACUGUACCCUGUUUUAAAUGUUUUUAACACAGUUGUAGUAAACAGUAUUGUUCAGUUACAACACUAUUCUGGCAUUCUUCUUCCAUUACUGUACUCACAGGUGUUCAGAGACGCUAAUUAGAACAGGUAGUCGCCUCUCUUCUGUAAACAAGCACUGUAACAUGGAAAUAUGUCUGUUUGGAAACCCUAACCCUAUAAAGGUGUGUAGUUAUUUAACCAUUAGUUUAAAAAUACAUAUUUUUUGUCAAUAUGAAAGUUAUGUUCCAAAGGUUUCCAAAAACCAUAUCGCAAGCGAGGCUUAUCGACUUUUAGACAGAGCAUUUGGGCAGCUUGGAGAGUCGGGCCAUUGCCCUUGGGCGGCAGACAGCUUCGUGAAUAGACUGUAUAUGUUUAACAUUACCAUCUAUUGAAAGGGCUACCACACCAGCAACUUAGAUAAUGCAGCUUAUAAACUAUGUGUGGGUUACGCCCAGUUUCUAAGAUUAGGCUUCAAGACCUGUCAAAGGUGUUUCUCAUCUAACCAGUUAGCCUGAAUGUUUCAUUGUUCAUAUUGAAUGUGAUUCAGCAGUUUUUCAUAUUUGUUGCAUACAGUGCAGCCUUUGUGAUUGAGCACUGAUGUCCAUAACUCUGGGGGUUCCAUCAUGAAUAAGUGUUAUUAAUGUGCAAGAGAGGUUGAUUACAUUUACACACACACACACACACACACACACACACUAGAGGCCUUCACGGACACAAAUUUUAAGCCAGAGCCCUACCCAGGCCCUGAUUGCUUCUGGCAAAUGUAAAGCCCGGCCCUGCAUGCACUCUGGUCAAGGCAGCUCUGACUCAGUGAGUAUCCAUAGCAACUGUUCCGCUUGGGCUGCUCUGCUCAAUGAGAGAGCAGUGAGCUGUUAGUUACUUUUAGUCAAUCUAUACUCCGACAACUCAAGGAACAUUAUUUUCUGUGAAAUAAUCUCUCCUGUUUUAGGGUUGAAGCGCUUCUGACAACAUGUUAUGAUCUUAGUCAGAUAUGACCGUACUGCGCAGCAGAGAACGAGCAAAUGGCUUAGCUUCAAAAUGUUUGUGAUCAAUUUUGGGAUACCCAAGCUAACACACACACUGAAGUUAAAGGUCACUCAUGUUCACCAAUUCUCAUGACCAUAUGGGUAAAUCAAUUUGAAUUCCAUCACUUGUUGACAGCACCCCUUUUUGAUUUGAAUGAAACCUUCCAUACAUAUUUGCCCAUUGUAGAAGUUCUCAGAGAGUGACUUUUUGGACCUGAAUGCUAAAUCAUUCAAGAGAUCAAGGUGCUCAAAAUUGACCUAUUUUACAUACCCCACCAUACCAUGUGACAUUCAUGUCUUCAUCACUGGAAAAAAAUAAACAGUUGAGAUUGAUAUAAUUUAAAAGCUUACAAGCAGGGUUGUCAAAAAGUUUUUAUAAUUUCUUGAAAAAAAAGUUGUUAUUACGUCAAUCAUUUAAAAACGUGUAAACUCAGAUUUGUUUCAUAUUUGCAUAUGUUGUAGCUUAUACCUUUGCUUUUAUAUUAUCUGAGGUUUUUAUGUUGUGCCCGCCAUCGGUUGAGACAGAACAUGUUCUUGAAUACAGGGUGGGGGUCAUGUUUUGGCCGAUUUUAAAUGUACUAAAAUUGGAAAAUAUUACAUUUCCACAAAGAUGGUUGGAGGUCCACACAUCAGAGAAUGUUGGCUUGAAUGGGAAUAUCUGUUUUAAAUUAUACUGUCAAUCCCCCAUAGGAAACCUGUUGAAAUUAUAGAACUAUUGAUAAUAGAAGAGACAUGACCAUUUAAGUUGACAUUCGACGGUGGGUGGACCGGCGGCCAUCUUUGUGGUAGUAAUUAGAAGUUAAAAUUUCAAUUUAAUUUAAAGAUGCACUAUUCAGGAAAUCGUGAUGCCAUUUCCUAGUUGCUAAAAUUCUAAUGGUUCGCCUAAUUUCAGUUUGUGACAAAACAAGCAAGUAUAGUGUAGAGAAUCAUUGUACCAUCUGAACUGCUGUGAAAUAUAUUUUCCAUUAUCAAAAAUAUUGUAUUUUCAGCUGUUUGAAGCUGGUGUACAAAACCGAAAGUAAAAGUAAGAACUGACGUAUAGAAAUAGAGCACAUAGAACAUAUCUAACACUUCUUAGAAUUGCUUUCAAUGAGAAUGACAGAUCUAUAACUUACAUUUCUAUGUGAAUUUGGUCGGGUCGCCCAAAAAGUUACAUCUUUUUGCUAUUUAAUGUUCAUGUGGUUGUUGUAUCCAUAACAGUUUUUAUUCUAAGCCAAUCGGAUGUUUUAUUAUCAAGUUAUGUUUAAGUACCUACUAGUGGCCAAUUUCAAAGCUACAAAAAAACUUUGGUGUGGAGGAGACUCUCAGACGAACACAUUUCCCAGAUAUUUUUAGUACCUUCUCAGAUAAGUGAUCAUACUUCAUGUAAAAUUAAGAGAUUAAUGUGUUGAUAUAUGCACAUGAUAGCAUACUACAUUAAGUGAUAGUAUUAAUUACAAUUUCCAAUUGAAAAUAUGGGUUUUUUAUGCUAGCAGUCGUACCACAUGUCAGUCAAACCAGUAGCAACAUAACUUGGUGAGCCACAACAAUAUAAUAGAUAUCAAGCACUCACAGCUCACUUUUUAAGAUACAUUUAGUCUUAUUUUACUGUUAAAUAAACAUUGCAUUGUUAUACAUAUACUGAACAAAAAUAUAAACUCAACAUGUAAAGUGUUGGUCCAAUGUUUCAUGAGCUGAAAUAAAAUAUCCUAGAAAUGUCUCUCAAAUGUUGUGCACAAAUGUAUUUACAUCCCUGUUAGUGAGCAUUUCUUUCCUUACCAAGAUAAUCUAUCCACCUGACAGGUGUGGCAUAUCAAGAAGCUGAUUAAACAGCAUGCUCAUUACACAGGUGCACCUUGUGCUGGGGACAAUAAAAGGCCACUCUGAAAUGAGCAGUUUUGUCACACAACACAAUGCCACAGAUGUCUGAAGUUUUGAGGGAGCGUGCAAUUGUCAUGCUGACUGCAGGAAUGUCCACCAGAGCUGUUGCCAGAGAAUUGAAUGUUAAUUUCUCUACCAUAAGCCGCCUCCAACGUCGUUUUAGAGAAUUUGGCAGUUCGUCCAACCGGCCUCACAACCGCAGACCACGUGUAACCAUGCCAGCCCAGGACCUCCACAUCCGGAUUCUUCAACUGCGGUAUCGUCUGAGACCAGCCACCAGGACAGCUGAUGAAACCUUGGGUUUGCACAACUGAAGAAUAUCUGCAAAAACUGUCAGAAACCAUCUCAGGGAAGCACAUCUGCGUGCUCGUGGUCCUCACCAGCGUCUUGACCUGACUGCAGUUCGGCGUUGAAACCUAAUUCAGGGGGCAAAUGCUCACCUUCAGUGGCCAUUGGCAUGCUGGAGAAGUGUGCUUUUCACAGAUGAAUCCCAGUUUCAACUGUACCAGGUAGAUGGCAGACAGCGUGUAUGGCAUCGUGUGGACGAGCGGUUUGCUGAUGUCAAUGUUGUGAACAGAAUGCCCCAUGGUGGCGGUGGGGUUAUGGUGUGGGCAGGCAUAAGCUACGGACAACGAACACAAUUGCAUUUUAUCAAUGGGAAUUUGAAUGCACAGAUAUACCGUGACGAGAUCCUGAGGCCCAUUGUCGUGCCAUUCAACCGCCACCAUCACCUCAUGUUUCAGCAUGAUGAUGGCCUGCAUACUCACCAGCCAUGUCACCCAUUGAGCAUGUUUGGGAUGCUCUGGAUCGACGUGUACGACAAUGUGUUCCAGUUACCGCCAAUAUCCAGCAACUUCACACAGCCAUUGAAGAGUGAGACAAAAUUUCACAGACCACAAUCAACAGCCUGAUCAACUCUAUGCGAAGGAGAUAUGUCGCGCUACAUGAGGCAAAUGGUGGUCACACCAGAUACUGACUGGUUUUCUGAGCCAUGCCCCUACUUUUUUAUUUUUUUAAAGGAAUCUGUGACCAACAGAUGCAUAUUUGUAUUCCAGUCAUGUGAAAUCCAUAGAUUUGGGCCUAAUGAAUUUAUUUCAGUUGACUGAUUUCCUUAUAUGAAUUGUAACUCAGUAAAGUCUUUGAAAUUGUUGCAUGUUGCGUUUAUAUUUUUGUUUAGUAUGUAUGUGUGUAUAUAUAUAUAUUAUUAUUAUUAUUUUUGGAAAUUGGAAAUUCUCCCACGACCCCAUUUUCCUAUCAGGUCGCGACCCCUAGUUUAGGAACUGCUGGGGUAGAGUCUAGUGCGUGUACAUAGAGCCAGUGCAAGAGAGUCGGUGCAAAACAAUUAAUGAAUGCUACUUUCAUGAUAAAUGGUAAUGAUCAAUUGAUUUUAAUAACUUUAGGGGAGAUUAUUAUAAUUUAAGCUUACAUAAGAAAUGUCAGUAUGUUUUUAACAGUUGGAAAUGAAUAAAAAUUGAUUAUUUAAGAGGUAGGCUUAUUUGGAACCCCCCAUGGGUUUAAAGGGUACAUUCGCUACCCAUUAAGCCCAGCCUGGACUUUUCACAUAUUUGAUCAAAUAUUUUUCUCUCACAUAAAACAUUUUCGUAAGUAAAGUCAUAAAACUUCACGAGAGAUUUAUAUUUCAUUUAAUCUACAUGUAAUGAAUAUUAGGGUUGUUUACAUUAAAUGUCUAAACUAAGAUUUUGGUGGGCUUAAAUCGGUACACUUACGCUAGUUCUGUUCUAUGUGCAGUAUUUCUAUGCUUCCCGUUAUUAAGUUUCAUUUUUGCAUCUUUUACUUUCGGUUUUGUACACUUGCUUCAAACAGCUAAAAAUACAAUAUUUUUGAUUAUUGAAAAUAUAUUUCACAGCUGUUUAGAUGGUACAAUGAUUCUCUACAUUGCUUGUUUUUUCACAUAAACUGAAAUUAGGCAAACUAUAUGAAUUUUUGCAACCAGGAAAUGGCGGAGUGAUUUCUGUAUUUUUUUUUCCCAAUAUUUUUUUUCAAGUAAUUAGGAAAUAGUUUGACAACCCUGUUUGUAAGCUUUUCAAUUAUAUCAAUCUCAACCGUUUAUCUUUUCGAGUGAUAAAGACAUGAAUGUACUCAUGGUGUGGUAUGCAAAAUGGGUCAACUUUGAGCACCUCUAUCUCCUGAAUGUUUUGGCAUUCAGAUCCAAAAAGUCACUUUCAGACCACUUCUUCUAUGGGCAAACGUAUGGAAAGUUUGUUUAAAUCAAAAGGGAUGCUCUCAAAGUGAUUGAAUUCAUAUGGAUUAAUUUACUCGUAUGUUAUUGUCUGUUCUCUGUAGAAAAUGCUGAUGGAAAGUAUGUCUCCCCAUUCCAUGACAUACCUAUGUACGCUGAUGAGAGCCAGGUAAAGUAUAUCACCUUUAUCCUGCUACAACACCCAAUUACACAAUAACACACACACUGAAUGUAGAUGGGAUAUCUAUUCAACUGUUUCUUUACAGAAAGACACCCACUUAGUCUAACUUUUGACUCCAUGGUGAAACCUUGUGGUCGGAAUAGCUUUAAUGUAUUAUUGUUAGCCAAAAAAAUGUAUUGUGUGGGAGAGUAGGAGUAGCACUAGCAAGGUCAUAGUCCGUUUGUCAAAGCAAUGGUCUUUACCCCUCCAACACUAAACUCUUCAAUCAUUGGGCAGUAAUUCUGGAUUUCCUGGUAUCUUAUCUCUCUGGAAUAAUAUAUCCCAGUUGGAUGGCCUUUAGUUUCCUCCAACUCAUCCAUAGUCAUAAAUAAAUUAUACCUGGGUAUAUUGAUAUUAUGAUACACUAUAUAUAGAAAGGUAUGUGGACACCCCUUCAAAUUAGUGGAUUUGGCUAUUUCAGCCACACCCGUUGCUGACAGGUGUAUAAAAUCAAGCACACAGCCAUGCAAUCUCCGUAGACAAACAUUUGCUAUAGAAUGGCCUUACCGAAGAGCUCAAUGACUUUCAAUGUGGCACUGUCAUAGGAUGUCACCUUUCCAACAAGUCAGUUCGUCAAAUUUCUGCCCUGCUAGAGCUGCCCUGGUGAACUCUAAGUGCUGUUAUUGUGAAGUGGCGCAACAACGGCUCAGGCACGAAGUGGUAGGCCACACAAGCUCACAGAAUGGGACCGCCGAGUAUUGAAGCGCGUAAAAAUCGUCUGUCCUAGGUUGCAACACUCACUACUGAGUUCCAAACUGCCUCUGGAAGCAAAGUCAGCACAAGAACUGUUCGUUUGGAGCUUCAUGAAAUGGGUUUCCAUGGCCGAGCAGCCGCACACAAGCCUAAGAUCACCAUGCGCAAUGUCAAGCGUCGGCUGGAGUGGUGUAAACCUCACUGCCAUUGGACAUGACAAAGGAGAUGAUUGUGGACUACAGGAAAAAGAAGAGAACCGAGCACGCCCCCAUUCUCAUCAACAGGGCUGUAGUGGAGCAGGUUGAGAGCUUCAAGUUCCUUGGUGUCCACAUCACCAACAAACUAUCAUGGUCCAAACACACUAAGACAGUCGUGAAGAGGGCACGACAAAGCCUAUUCCCCCUCAGGAGACUGAAAAGAUUUGGCAUGGGUCCUCAGAUCCUCAAAAAUGUCUACAGCUGCACCAUCGAGAGCAUCCUGACUGGUUGCAUCACUACCUGGUAUGGCAACUGCUCGGCCUCCGACCGCAAGGCACUACAGAGGGUAGUGCGUACGGCCCAGUACAUCACUGGGGCCAAGCUUCCUGCCAUCCAGGACCUCUAUACCAGGCGGUGUCAGAGGAAGGCCCUAAAAAUGGUCAAAGACUCCAGCCACCCUAGUCAUAGACUGUUCUCUCUGCUACCGCACGGCAAGCGGUACUGGAGCGGCAAGUCUAGGUUCAAAAGGCUUCUUAACAGCUUCUACCCCCAAGCCAUUAGACUCCUGAACAGCUAAUCAAAUGGCUACCCGGACUAUUUGCAUUGUAACCAGUCUUAACGCUUAACGCCAAAUCUUAACGCUACAGCAUACAGUGAAAUUAUAGACGAUUCUGUGCUUCCAACUUUGUGGCAACAAUUUGGGGAAGGCCCUUUCCUGUUUCAGCAUGACAAUGCCCCCGUGCACAAAGCGAGAUCCAUACAGAAAUGGUUUGUCGAGAUCAGUGUGGAAGAACUUGACUGGCCUACGCAGAGCCCUGACCUCAACCCAAUCAAACACCUAUGGGAUGAAUUGGAACGCCGACUGUGAGCCAGGCCUAAUCGCCCAACAUUGGUGCCCGACCUCACUAAUGCUCUUGUGGCUGAAUGGAAGCAAGUCCCCGCAGCAAUGUUCCAACAUCUAGUGGAAAGCCUUCCCAGAAGAGUGGAGGCUGUUUUAGCAGCAUAGGGGGGACCAACUCCAUAUUCAUGUCCAUGAUUUUGGAAUGAGAUGUAGUGUAUGUGACACAGGCACACAAAAAAAGCAGUAUGAUUCAUUGCUCUCUUCUCUUUCAGAACAUUUUCCACGUGGUUGUUGAAGUACCAAGGUGGACAAACUCAAAGAUGGAGGUAGGUUCACCUUGAUUGAUUGAUUGAUCGAUUGAUUUUAUGAGCCAGUUUGUAAAAAAUACACAGUACAUUUAUGUUAAAAACGUGACCGGGAUAGCACAAAGUCAGUGGCGUAUUUCCAUUGUGGUCCCUGAUGUGCAGGGUGCAGAAACAAUAUUGUGGUGGAUACCAGGGUUGGGCUCAAUUCGAAUUGAAGGCAGUCAAUUCAGGAAGUGAUUUGAAUUUAAAAUGCAGACAUUUUUAAAAAACUUUUGAAAUAAAUAAAUAGCUUCUACUUUUCAGUUUAUUGAGAAGUCAUUGAAAAUAAAUGCCCUUUUUUCGAUUGAAUUAGAAUUUUAGUUUGCUUCCUGAUUUGACUCCCUUCAAUUCGAAUUGAGCCCAACCCUGCUGUGUACAUUGUGCUCUAGCCUAGUGAAGAUCCUCUUCCUGCUAACUUUACCUUUACAGUAAUAUACCAGGUCUUAGUCCAUAAGCCUAAUAUAACAAUGCAAACCUACUUACCUGUAUCCAUUUGUCACAUAUCAGAACAACUCAACCUUUAUUUAGCCAGAUUAGUCUGGCUUUUACGAUAACGACCUAGGGCCAGUUUCCCGGACACAGAUUAGGCCUUGUCCGGUAACUAAAAAGCUAUUUCAAUAGAGGUUCUCUAUUGAGCAUGCAUUUGAAAAAUCGUGGACUAGGCUUAAUCUGUGUCUGGGAAACUGGCCCCUGGCUAGUCAAGAGAGGUAAGCAAAAUAAGGCAUCAAAUGUAUUUUAUAAAGACCUUUUUACAUCAGCUGUCAGAAAGUUAUUUACAGAUACCCAGCCUAAAACCCCAAAGAGCAAGCAAUUCAGAUGCAGUAGCACAGUGGCUACAAAAACUCCCUAGAAGGCAGGAACCUAGGAAGAAACCUAGAGAGGAACCAGGCUCAGAGGGGUGGCCAGUCCUCUUCUGGCUGUGCCAGGUGGAGAUUUAAGAGUACGUGUGGCAAUUAGGACCAGAUCGUUUUUCAAGACGUUGAAAGCACAUUCAAUAAUGUUUGGCUUUUCUACUUCCAGAUUGCGACCAAAGACCCCCUGAACCCGAUCAAGCAGGAUGUGAAGAAGGGGAACCUGCGUUACGUCGCCAAUGUUUUCCCCCACAAAGGCUACAUCUGGAACUAUGGCGCAAUACCUCAGGUCAGACAGUCACUAACCUGCCACCAGACAUUCACUAACCUGCCACCAGACAUUCACUAACCUGCCACCAGACAUUCACUAACCUGCCACCAGACAUUCACUAACCUGCCACCAGACAUUCACUAACCUGCCACCAGACAGUCACUAACCUGCCACCAGACAGUCACUAACCUGCCACCAGACAGUCACUAACCUGCCACCAGACAGUCACUAACCUGCCACCAGACAGUCACUAACCUGCCACCAGACAGUCACUAACCUGCCACCAGACAGUCACUAACCUGUUACCAGACAGUCACUAACCUGCCACCAGACAGUCACUAACCUGCCACCAGACAGUCACUAACCUGUUACCAGACAGUCACUAACCUGGUACUAAGCUACAUGUGGUCUGACAAUGCAGACUACGCUAUCCAUGUCCAACUCAACUCAUUGAUCACCUAGAAUUGAGUUGGCAUUGAUUGCCUAGUUCUCUGUGGUGAUAUGAACUAAGUAUCUCAAUCUUUUUUUGACAGUGAUAUUUCUCUUUCUUGAUAGACUUGGGAGGACCCCGGGCACAAAGAUGGAGACACUGGCUGCUGUGGUGACAAUGACCCCAUUGACGUCUGUGAAAUCGGUACCAAGGUACAGCACUUGUUCUUAAUCCUGUAACCAUUAAACAUUUAGAGCUGUUUUAAGAUCUUGUUUCUUCCAUCCACUGUCUGACAUUCUUACAUGCUUAUGGUGUCAUUCAGAGCAGCUUUCUUUCACCUAAGCAAAGUGUCCAAUUUUGAAAAGUAUGUUGGUAACAAUUAGGCAGAUUUUGUUACUACAUCAGCUGUCUGUAGUGAAUUGUGGUGUGAGCUUCAUGUGUGGUUGUGUGAUGAAAUUAACUUUCCUCAGACAUGUGAUCUGUUUUUUGACAUAAUAUCAUUGAAAUUGACCUAUCCCCAUACCAAUAAGUUUAAUAAUAAUAAAUAAAUAUCAAUAAUAAUAAUAAUAAUAAUAAAUAAUAUAAUAAGUAAUGAUUUAAUAAUAAAGAUAAUAAUAUAAAUAUAUGGCCAAUUAGCAGACGCUUUUAUCCAAAGGACACUUACAGUCAUGCCGGCAUACAUUUUUUUUUGUGUGUAUGGGUGGUCCCGGGGAUCGAACCACUACUGGCGUUACAAGCGCCGUGCUCUACCAGCUGAGCUACAGAGGACCAAGUUUUCUGUGUUGUACUGAUCACAUCCCUGUCUCCUCUCCAGGUGUGUUCGCGUGGUGAAGUGAUCAAGGUGAAGGUACUGGGGGUUUUGGCCAUGAUCGACGAAGGGGAGACGGACUGGAAAGUCAUGGCCAUCAACGUGGAGGACCCUGAAGCUAAGGACCUGAACAGUAAGCACCGGAGGAGCUAGAUGUGGGCUAAACUGAGAAUCCCUAAUACAGAAUAACAGGCCAAUCCUUAAUACUGCCCAUUGGCCCAGUCACUGCAUGUAGUAGUACUGGAAUAUGAUUGCUCAAGUGAAGAAUGCAAUGAUUGAACAAUUGUUUUCCCAAGUGUGUGGGUGUGUGUGUCUAUUCCUAUUGCCACAGUCAUCCCCCCUCCUUAUCCUGUGUACCUCAGACAUCGGUGACAUCCAGAGACUGAAGCCAGGUUACUUGGAGGCCACAGUGGACUGGUUCAGGAGGUACAAGGUACCAGACGGGAAACCAGAGAACCAGUUCGCCUUCAACGGACAGUUCAAAGACAAGGUAUCCAUCUUGUACCCCAUACACAGAAGUUUGUGUUGUGUGAGCCUUGUCCGAGCCAGAGUGGCCCAUCUCCUGUUUCUGUAGCAUUAGGCAAGGUAUUGCCACAGCCUCGUGUUCCAGUAUCUUCAUCCACCCUUAUCAUCAAUAUAUUAUUUAAUUCUACAGUGAGGGAAAAAAGUAUUUGAUCCCCUGCUGAUUUUGUACGUUUGCCCACUGACAAAGAAAUUAUCAGUCUAUAAUUUUAAUAGUAGGUUUAUUUGAACAGUGAGAGACAGAAUAACAACAAAAAAUCCAGAAAAACACAUGUCAAAAAUGUUAUAAAUUGAUUUGCAUUUUAAUGAGGGAAAUUAGUAUUUGAGCCCCUCUCAAUCAGAAAGACUUCUGGCUCCCAGGUGUCUUUUAUACAGGUAACGAGCUGAGAUUAGGAGCACACUCUUAAAGGGAGUGCUCCUAAUCUCAGUUUGUUACCUGUAUAAAAGACACCUGUCCACAGAAGCAAUCAAUCAAUCAGAUUCCAAACUCUCCACCAUGGCUAAGACCAAAGAGCUCUCCAAGGAUGUCAGGGACAAGAUUAAGGACCUACAUAAGGCUGGAAUGGGCUACAAGACCAUCGCCAAGCAGCUUGGUGAGAAGGUGACAACAGUUGGUGCGAUUAUUCGCAAAUGGAAGAAACACAAAAGAACUGUCAAUCUCCCUUGGCCUGGGGCUCCAUGCAAGAUCUCACCUCGUGGAGUUGCAAUGAUCAUGAGAACGGUGAGGAAUCAGCCCAGAACUACACGGGAGGAUCUUGUCAUUGAUCUCAAGGCAGCUGGGACCAUAGUCACCAAGAAAACAAUUGGUAACACACUGAAAUCCUGCAGCGCCCGCAAGGUCCCCCUGCUCAAGAAAGCACUUAUACAGGGCCGUCUGAAGUUUGCCAAUGAACAUCUGAAUGAUUCAGAGGAGAACUGGGUGAAAGUGUUGUGGUCAGAUGAGACCAAAAUCGAGCUCUUUGGCAUCAACUCAACUCGCCGUGUUUGGAGGAGGAGGAAUGCUGCCUAUGACCCCAAGAACACCAUCCCCACCGUCAAACAUGGAGGCGGAAACAUUAUGCUUUGGGGGUGUUUUUCUGCUAAGGGGACAGGACAACUUCACCGCAUCAAAGGGACGAUGGACGGGGCCAUGUACCGUCAAAUCUUGGGUGAGAACCUCCUUCCCUCAGCCAGGGCAUUGAAAAUGGAUCGUGGAUGGGUAUUCCAGCAUGACAAUGACCCAAAACACACGGCCAAGGCAACAAAGGAGUGGCUCAAGAAGCACAUUAAGGUGCUGGAGUGGCCUAGCCAGUCUCCAGACCUUAAUCCCAUAGAAAAUCUGUGGAGGGAGCUGAAGGUUCAAGUUGCCAAACGUCAGCCUCAACCUUAAUGACUUGGAGAAGAUCUGCAAAGAGGAGUGGGACGAAAUCCCUCCUGAGAUGUGUGCAAACCUGGUGGCCAACUACAAGAAACAUCUGACCUCUGUGAUUGCCAACAAGGGUUUUGCCACCAAGUACUAAGUCAUGUUUUGCAGAGGGGUCAAAUACUUAUUUCCCUCAUUAAAAUGCAAAUCAAUUUAUAACAUUUUUGACAUGCGUUUUUCUGGAUUUUGUUGUUGUUAUUCUGUCUCUCACUGUUCAAAUAAACCUACCAUUAAAAUUAUAGACUGAUCAUGUCUUUGUCAAUGGGUAAACGUACAAAAUCAGCAGGGGAUCAAAUACUUUUUUUCCCUCACUGUAUCUACUUUGUACCACAUUCACCCUCAUCAUCUAAAGCAACUUUUUCAAUCUACAGUGCCUUCAGAAAGUAUUCAGACCUCAGCAAUCUACACACAAUACCACAUAAUGACAAAGCGAAAACAGGCUUUUAGAUUUUUCUUCAAAUGUAUAUAUAUAAAAAAAAAACGUUAUAAGUAUUCAGACCUUUUGCUCUGAGACUCGAAAUUGAGCUCAGGUGCAUCCUGUUUCCAUUGAUCAUCCUUGAUGUUUCUACAACUUGAUUGGAGUCCACCUGUGGUAAUUUCAAUUGAUUGGACAUGAUUUGGAAAGGCACACACCUGUCUGUAUAAGGUCCCACAGUUGACAGUGCAUGUCAGAGCAAAAACCAAGCCAUGAGGUCGAAGGAAUUGUCCGUAGAGCUCCGAGACAGGAUUGUGUGGAGAAACAGAUCUGGGGAAGGGUACCAAAAAACGUCUGCAGCAUUGAAGGUCCCCAAGAACACAGUGCCCUCCAUCAUUCUUAAAUGGAAGAAGUUUGGAACCACCAAGACUCUUCCUAGAGCUGGACGCCCACCCAAACUGAGCAAUCGGGAGAGAAGGGCCUUGGUCAGGGAGGUGACCAAGAACCCGAUGGUCACUCUGACAGAGCUCCUCUGUGGAGAUGGGAAAACCUUUCAGAAGGACAACCAUCUCUGCAGCACUCCACCAAUCAGGCCUUUAUGGUAGAGUCACCAGACGGAAGCCACUCCUCAGUAAAAGGCACAUGACAGCCCGCUUAGAGUUUGCCAAAAGGCACCUAAAGACUCUCAGAUCAUGAGAAACAAGAUUAUCUGGUCUGAUGAAACCAAGAUUGAACUCUUUGGCCUGAAUGCCAAGCGUCACAUCUGGAGGAAACCUGACACCAUCCCUACGGUGAAGCAUGGUGGUGCGAGCAUCAUACUGUGGGAAUGUUUUUUUCAGUGACAGGGACGGGAGACUAGUGAGGAUCGAGGCAAAGAUGAACGGAGCAAAGUACAGAGAGAUCCUUGAUGAAAACCUGUUCCAGUGCGCUCAGGACCUCAGACUGGGACAAAGGUUCACCUUCCAACAGGAUAACGACCCUAAGCCCACAGCCAAGACAACGCAGGAAUGGCUUCGGUACAAGUCUCUGAAUGUCCUUGAGUGGCCCAGCCAGAGCCCGGAUUUGAACCCAAUCGAACUUCUCAGGGGAGACCUGAAAAUAGCUGUGCAGCAAUGCUCCCCACCCAACCUGACAGAGCUUGAGAGGAUCUGCAGAGAAGAAUGGGAGAAACUCCCCAAAUACAGGUAUGCCAAGCUUGUAGUGUCAUACCCAAGAAGACUCAAGGCUGUAAUCGCUGCCAAAGGUGCUUCAACAAAGUACUGAGUAAAGGGUCUGAAUACUUAUGUAAAUGAGUGAUAUCUGGUUUUCUUUUAAAAUAAAUUGGCAAAAAAUUAAAAAAAAACAGUUUUUGCUUUGUCGUUAUGGGGUAUUGUGUGUAGAUUGAUGGGGGGAAAAACAAUUUAAUCAAUUAUAGAAUAAGGCUGUAACUUAACAAAAUGUGGAAAAAUGCAAGGGGUCUGAACACUUUCCGAAGGCACUGUAGAUACAUGGAUAGCAGUUUAGCCUGUAUGCCAGUCUGUUUCUGCAUUAGCCAUCAUGUUGUUUUGCCUUCGUAGCCUUGUAGCAAUGGAACGUUGUUGAAUGCCGAAACGGUGUGGUACCCAGGCUAGAUUGCAUUCGCCAAAUAGAGUGCUGACAUUUCUGUUGCAAGACCCACAGGGUGGUUUUAUCCUGUUGGCACAUAGUAUGUCCCUGUGUAGUGUCCAGUGAAGUUCAAUAGUAACUAGUAAGAACCUGGUUUAAAGCGAUCGGCUCAGCAAAAAUACAGAAAUACAAAGGGUUGGUUUCCUGGACACAGAUUAAGCCUAGUCCUGGUCUAUAAAGCACUCACAAUUGGGAUUCUCCAUUGAGUUUGCAUUUUAGUUGGGGACUAGGCUUAAUCUGUGUCCAGGAAACCCCCCUCAAACUGUAUGUUUCCUUACCCUGACAACAGCCUCUGCUCGGUCUGUAUGUUUCCUUACCCUGACAACAGCCUCUGCUCGGUCUGUAUGUUUCCUUACCCUGACAACAGCCUCUGCUCGGUCUGUAUGUUUCCCUGUCAGGACUUUGCCAUUGAGACAAUCAAGAGCACCCAUCGCUUCUGGAAGGCACUUAUCUCUGAAAAUACCAAUGCUGGAGGACUCAACUGGUGA